AGCUCCAUUUUAAAAUAGUUUAACACAAACAGAUGGAGCUCGUUUGUUGAGAUGGGAGAAGCUCGAGAAGGACACCCAUUAGACUGAAGCUAUUUCUCAGUUAAAUUCACAUUACAUACGCAGGGUGUAUCCCAAAAGGCACUUCGGGCUGAUCGCAGUUCUGGUCUUGCGUAAGGGGAUUUUUUUAAGGCUAUUUUCAGGACUUGUCACUCGGUGUGAUUUCCUGCAUAUGCGUUUGAUUUUUACUGGCGAAUUUGCUUCAAAUCUUCAUCAGUGUAUUUAAAAAGCUGAUAGUGUUUCGUGUAAAAUCAAAGGGUCCACGCACAAAGAUAGAGGGGUAUCUUUUUCAUAUUAUGGUGAGAACAUGGGCGUGUUCCGCUUAAAUGCGCAAAGAAAUCCUGAACCGGGACCACUAUCCCCUCUGUGUGCGUUACCUUGUCUUGAGUGGAAAUGGUGGCCAGGUACCCCCAGUCACUGUAAUGAGAUAUGUAUCUGGCAGUCUUUGCUGUGUCUUGGUGCGGGGGAGGAGUGCUGCUGGCGGACUUCUUCACCUUCUCUAACCGAUAUGAAAACAGGCGAGAGGAAAGCUGUGCGGCGCUGUCGCCCUCGGGCUUGACCAGCUCUCCGGGGCUCUCCACGCUGUCUCCGAGGACGUUGGAGGACGGAUACGCCUGCUUCCACAGCCCCGCACUGUCCACCAGCAGCGCCGGGGCGACCUCCUCCGACAAGUCUCCGUCCUCCACCACAUCGUUGGAGGACACCACCCAGGACACGGAGCUCCUGAGGGUGUAGCUCUCACACAGACACAGGAUGUUGGCAAACAGCGCCAAAGGAAAGUAAGAAGGCCUCAUAUUACUGAGCUGGGAGAAUGGCCGUCCUCCUCCACUCUCUCUCUCUCUCUAUCUCGUGUUUACAAACUCACGUGUGUGCUUUCAUAACACGGGGAUACUUUGCCACAGAGAGCAAUUUCCACAGCGACCCCUGCUGAUUCACCAUAAGGCAAUUUUACAAUCAACGCUCAGCAGAAGGGACUGCAGAGAAGACGCUCAUACAUUAAACAGUUUCUGCCCUAUGGAUCCAUGUUUACUGAUGCUGAAAAUGGAGGCUGUGAGGAUGGAGACUGUGAGGGGGGAAAGUGGGUUAGGCUGCAAGCUGAUUGGAGAGGCUGACUGAAGGAGGGAAGUGAGUCUGGAUCAGCUGUUAGCUGUCGAUCCUCCUUCCUCCCCUCACCACCACCACCCUCCCCAGCGUCAAGUAAAAAAAACAAAACAAAAAACAACCGGAGUACCCGGCCAGAGAAGACACAGCGUCUGCUUGUAAAGACUGAAGUCAGGUGGACAGCAGCUUUUCGUAGAUUCCAGCAUGAACUCUCUCCCAGGAAGAGCCGCACGGUCCCUGUGCUGGCGCACGGCCACAGGCGGGAUGAUGAGGGUCCUAUCAGGUGCCCCGGCUGCAGGGGUCCUGUCGGCCGACAGGGCCUCUUUCCAAGAUGUGCGGGUCUGCCACUCCGGGACAAGCCACAAGCCGAGCGUCAAUACCAAGAAGAGGGGCUACGACAUCACCAGAAACCCCUACCUCAACAAGGGAAUGGCAUUCACCAUGGAGGAGCGCUUACAACUGGGUAUCCACGGCUUGCUACCCCCCUGCUUCCUGUCCCAGGAUGUCCAAGUCCUGCGCGUCAUGAAGAGCUAUGAAACACGCACUAAUCCUCUGGACAAGUACAUCCUGUUGAUGACACUACAGGACAGGAAUGAGAAGUUGUUCUACCGUUUGCUGACCUCUGACAUCGAGGAGUUCAUGCCAAUCGUCUACACUCCCACUGUCGGCCUGGCUUGCCAGCAAUAUGGACUCGCCUUCAGGAGACCAAGAGGACUCUUCAUCACCAUCCAUGACCGAGGUCACAUUGCCACGAUGCUCAACUCCUGGCCAGAAGAAGACAUAAAGGCCAUCGUAGUGACUGAUGGGGAGCGUAUCCUCGGCCUGGGGGACCUGGGCAGCUAUGGGAUGGGCAUUCCUGUGGGGAAGCUGGCGCUCUACACAGCCUGCGGUGGGGUUCGGCCACAGCAGUGUCUCCCUGUGCUGCUGGAUGUUGGCACAGACAACCAGGCACUGCUCAAUGACCCUCUGUACAUUGGGCUGAAGCACAAGAGAAUCAGAGGAAAGGAGUACGAUGAACUGAUUGACGAGUUCAUGCAAGCAGUGACAGAUAAGUACGGGAUGAACUGCCUCAUACAGUUUGAGGAUUUCGCCAACAGCAACGCAUUUCGCAUCCUCAACAAGUACAGAAAUCGAUACUGUACCUUCAACGACGACAUCCAAGGCACGGCUUCUGUAGCUGUUGCAGGGAUCUUAGCAGCUUUAAAGAUCACCAAGAACAAAUUGUCAGACCACAGUUUUGUCUUCCAAGGGGCAGGCGAGGCUGCUUUGGGUAUUGCUCAUCUGCUUAUAAUGGCCAUGGCCAAGGAAGGAUUGAGUAAAGAAGAAGCUGCCAAGAAGAUCUGGAUGGUGGACUCAAAGGGCCUCAUUGUGAAGGGAAGAAGCCACCUAAACCAUGAGAAGGAGGAGUUUGCUCAUGAGCACGCGCAAAUCAGAACACUGGAGGAGGUGGUGAGCACCAUCAAACCCACUGCCAUUAUAGGAGUCGCUGCAAUUGGAGGAGCCUUUACAGAGAAGAUAAUUAAAGACAUGGCGUCUUUCAACGAGAGGCCAAUCAUCUUUGCUCUGAGUAAUCCUACCAGCAAGGCCGAGUGCACAGCAGAGCAGUGCUACAAGCUCACAGAGGGUCAGGGCAUCUUUGCUAGUGGAAGUCCCUUUCAUAAGGUGACGCUGGCAGAUGGACGCACCUUCUACCCCGGACAGGGUAACAAUGCCUACGUCUUUCCUGGAGUCGCUUUGGGCGUUAUAGCCUGCGGAGUCCGCCACAUAUCUGAUGAUGUUUUCCUCACCACCGCAGAGGCGAUCGCCAACAUGGUCACAGAGGAGCACCUGGCUGAGGGAAGGCUUUAUCCUCCUCUCAACACCAUUAGAGAGGUGUCCUUCAAGAUCGCAGUGAAGAUCGUCAACUACGCAUACAGAAACAACAUUGCUUCAGUGUACCCGGAGCCUAAGGACAAGGAGGCGUUUGUGCUGUCUCAGACAUACAGUUCUGAUUACGACUCCUUCACUCUGGACACAUACGACUGGCCAGAGGAGGCCAUGAAGGUCCAGGACGUGUGAUUGGGGUUAUCGGCGUCUCGUUCUCUCUCUAAACUAAACACGCUGCCGUAGCGGCACGUAAAAAUUGCCUCUAUUCUGAAAUUUUGCCUUUUAGUUUUUUUGUCUCUCUUUUCUUUUAUUUAUGUGACUAAACAGCUGCCCCGAGUAAAGCCAACCGAAAAUACUACAUAAGAAGUAUUAAGAAUUAUCUCAGUUUUCUGAGUGUUAUUUCAAGUCAUUUUAUCCUCUUUUAGCUCUCUACUUUUAGUUUUCCAUAAAAAAAACAUUUUAAAUACGCACAAAAGCAUAUCAGAUAUCAUUCUCACAGCAUAAACCAAGCAAUCUGAUUUCACAGUGUAUCACAACAUGUUUUUCUUGUCUUGACAUGAAGGAACAGAGGACUUAUUUUGAAGACUCUCUGUGCCUCUUACUGUGUGAACUCAGGAUGUCCAUGUUUUCAUUUUCAUAGUUCAAACUGUUAUAAGAGACACAUCUGGCUCGUCCCAGAUUUUCCACUCCGUCCCUGUGUGCACAUAUGUUAGCCUGCACGCAGGGCAUAAAACACUCCAUUAUCAACCUCUGUUUCUUUAUAAAACGAGUGAUUUCUGACUGCAGGCACUACUUUUUUCUUUUUUAUGUGUUUGGAGGAAGCAUCGAUAAAUUGAGUUAUCCUCGUUUUUUCACAGUGCUGUGCUUUCCUUUGUUUGUUUUGUAAAGAGCUCUGCCUCAUGUGUUUUUGCCAAAGUUGUCAGCUGUAUCAUAUUUUACUCCUAGAGGACAUGAUGCUGUGCACGCUUUAGCACUGAGAGAUAUGCUUGAAGUUUUCAAAGGGAACAUGAAGCUUUUUAAAUAAAAGUAUCAAUAAGA